GGCGUCGCUUCAUCCGUGACAUCAUCGGUCUUCCUCAUUGCGGCGGAAGCUGCUUUCCACACGCGUGGAUUGAAUUGAAGAGUGAGCGACAGACAGGAUGGUUGUGCUUCAUUUCUAUAGGAGCCCCACUGAGUUCCCACUCGUCGACAUGGGGAAACGCAUCCUUCGAUCUGGGAACCAUCACAUGGAGAGGAUUGAGCACGUCAGCCAAGAGCUCUGCUUCAAUGUUAACUGGACAGGUUUGACCUCUCCCAGUCCAAAUGACAGGCGCAAACUUACCUGGCUUUUUCAACCUCCUUUUAACUCCCAGAGCAUUUCCACAGAACCCUUCCUCACUGAGAGUGAUGGUGACCUGCUGGUGGAGAUUGGGCCGAGGUUGAACUUCUCUACAGCUUGGUCGACCAAUGCCGUUUCAAUUUGUCAGUCCAUUGGAUUAAUAGAGGUGGAUCGCAUUGAGUGCUCCCACCGAUAUCUGCUGAAGGUCCGUGAGGUAGAGCAGCUUGGAGCUGCCGCCCGAUGUGAGCUGAUGGCUGCUUUCUAUGAUCGGAUGACGGAGUGUGUUUAUGAACGACCUAUCGAGAGUUUCCAAGUGUCAGUCCGGCCAGCAGAGGUGUAUGAAGUGGAUGUGGUGAACGGAGGCAAAAGUGCAUUGGAGAAGGCAAACCGAGAACUGGGGCUAGCCUUCGAUGCCUGGGACCUGGAAUAUUACACAAGAUUGUUCCAGAAGGUGGGAAGGAAUCCCAGCAGUGUGGAGUGCUUUGACCUGGCACAAUCCAACAGUGAACACAGCCGACAUUGGUUCUUUAAGGGGCGUUUGGUGAUUGAUGGUGAAGCCAAACUGAAGAGUCUUUUUGACCUGAUCAUGAAGACACAGGAUCACAGUAACAAGAACAACGUCAUCAAAUUCUCUGACAACAGCAGUGCGAUAACGGGGAAAACCGUGAACUGUCUCUACCCCCGCGACCAGUUACAUGCGAGCAAGGUGGAAGUACGAAAAACAAUGAGACAUGUAAUCUUCACUGCGGAAACACACAACUUCCCCACAGGUGUUGCUCCUUUCAGUGGCGCUACCACUGGAACCGGGGGUCGCAUCCGGGAUGUACAGUGCACAGGCCGUGGAGCACACACCAUUGCCGGAACUGCGGGCUACUGCUUUGGCAAUCUUCUGUGUCCAGGCUACGAGCAGCCAUGGGAAGAUCAGAUGUUCACUUAUCCCCGGAAUUUUGCACGGCCCCUGGAGGUAGCAAUAGAGGCCAGUAAUGGAGCUUCUGAUUAUGGGAACAAGUUUGGGGAGCCAGUUCUGGCAGGAUUUGCGCGCUCAUUUGGAAUGCUGCUCCCUAAUCUGGGGAGGAGGGAGUGGCUGAAACCGGUGAUGUUCAGUGCUGGCAUUGGAACCAUUGAAGAUCUGCACAUUAGCAAAGAACAACCAGAACAAGAGAUGGAGGUGGUGAAGAUUGGAGGCCCAGUCUAUCGAAUUGGAAUGGGCGGAGGAGCAGCCUCUUCAAUCCAGGUGCAAGGAGACAACACAACGGAGCUGGAUUUCGGAGCGGUUCAACGCGGUGAUGCUGAGAUGGAGCAGAAAAUGAACCGAGCUCUGCGAGCCUGCAUAGAGAGCCAGGACAACAACCCCAUCUGUAGCAUUCAUGAUCAGGGAGCAGGAGGCAAUGGUAAUGUGUUGAAGGAGCUAAGUGAGCCAGCUGGGGCCAUGAUUUACACCAGCAAAUUCAAGGUGGGGGAUCCGACACUCAGUGUGCUGGAGCUGUGGGGAGCAGAGUAUCAGGAGACAAAUGCUCUUCUCAUGCGCUCGAAGGACUCCGCAUUUCUUCGUGCCGUCUGUGAUCGGGAGAAAUGUCCAGUUGAUUUUGUGGGUAAAAUAACAGGAGAUGGAAAGAUUGUGCUGGUUGAUGAUCGGGACACUGCAGUAAAAUCAGAGCUGAUGCAAUGUACAACACAUCCUGUGGAUCUGAAGCUAGAGUGGGUCCUGGGAAAAAUGCCCCAGAAGGAGUUCAUAUUGAAUCAUACAAAAUCCAACCUUCAACCUUUGGCCCUUCCCACUAACUUGACUGUGAGGGAUGCUCUGAAUCGUGUGCUACGGCUGCCCUCAGUGGCAAGCAAGAGAUAUCUGACCAAUAAGGUCGACCGUUCAGUGACAGGUUUGGUUGCCCAGCAGCAGUGUGUAGGGCCACUCCACACCCCUUUAGCUGAUGUUGCAGUUGUUGCCCUCUCAUAUUUUGAUACCGUGGGAGCAGCGACUGCUAUUGGAGAGCAGCCAAUCAAAGGCCUGAUUGACCCUGGCGCAGGAGCCCGAAUGGCCAUUGGAGAGGCUUUAACUAACCUCGUGUUCGCACGUGUGAAUGAACUGAGAGAUGUGAAAUGUAGCGCUAACUGGAUGUGGCCAGCUAAGUUGCCAGGUGAGGGGGCUGCUCUAUACGAUGCCUGCGAGGCUAUGUGCCUCACGUUAUCCGAGCUCGGAGUUGCUGUGGAUGGUGGGAAGGAUUCUUUGAGUAUGGCAGCUCGUGUGGGACAGGAGACAGUGAAAGCCCCAGGUUCCCUCGUGAUCUCGGUUUAUGCUGUGUGUCCCGACAUCACCUGCACUGUGACCCCUGACCUGAAAAAUCCCCAUGGACAAGGGGUGCUCCUAUAUGUACCGGUCAAUCCUGGUCAGUAUCGGAUGGGAGGAGGUGCCUUGGCUCAAUGUUACUUGCAGAUCGGCAGUGAGUGCCCAGAUAUGGAUAGUCCACACCAGCUGGCAUCCUGCUUUGCUGUCACUCAGCAACUCCUGGAGGAACGCAUGCUGAGUGCCGGCCAUGAUGUCAGUGAUGGGGGUCUGCUCACUUGUCUGCUUGAAAUGGCCAUCGCAGGGAACUAUGGGAUGGAGAUUGACAUUUCAAAUAGCGACACCAGCGUGAUUGAGCUGCUAUUCUCCGAGGAGCUGGGUUUGGUGCUGGAGGUUUCGGAGAUGGUUGUGGACAAAGUGAGUGCUCGCUACAGAGCAGCUGACCUUCAGUGCUGGAGAAUUGGAUCAACCACUGGACAGGGACCCCAAAGCAUGGUGAAGGUGCAAGUGAAUGGGGAGGAGGUUCUCUUGGAGAGAAUAGCCACUCUCCGAUCCUGGUGGGAGGAGACCAGUUUCCAGCUGGAGCGGCUACAGUCUAAUUGGAUGUGCGUGGAGGAGGAGGAGCGGGGCAUGGAGCAUCGCACUGCUCCCCAAUACAAGCUCAGCUUCCAACCAGCACACCAGCCCAGUCCAUCAACUGGCUUAGUAGGACUGUCGGAGCCACGAGUUGCGGUGAUCCGGGAAGAGGGGAGUAACGGUGACAGGGAGAUGGUGGCGUCACUUAUAAUGGCCGGAUUCCAGGUUUGGGAUGUGACGAUGACAGACAUCUGUUCCGGAAUGACUUUGGACUCUUUCCGAGGAGUAGUGUUCGUCGGAGGCUUCAGCUACGCUGACGUCUUGGGCUCAGCAAAAGGUUGGGCUGCAACAGUACAAUUCAAUCCUGCUGCGCAUGACGAGUUUUCCAAGUUCCGUUCCCGACAGGACACCUUCAGCCUGGGCGUGUGUAACGGGUGCCAGCUGAUGGCGUUACUCGGCUGGGUGGCUUCUGAACCUGACUUAGAAAUGUUGAAUGAUGGUGAAAUGCACCCGGGUGUCCUGCUGACCCACAACCGCUCCAGACGCUUUGAGUCCCGCUUUGUCACUGUGACCAUCUUGGAGAGCAGCUCCAUCCUGCUGCGAGGGAUGGAAGGCUCGACACUUGGAAUCUGGGUGGCCCAUGGAGAAGGUUACAUGCAAUUUGAGUCAGACACUGUGCUGAGGCUGGUGACUGAAAGCAACCUGGCUCCACUCCGUUACUGUGAUGAUUCUGGUGUCCCGACUGAACAAUAUCCCCAGAAUCCCAAUGGAUCACCACUGGGCAUUGCUGCUCUCUGCUCUGCCGAUGGCCGGCACCUAGCUAUGAUGCCUCACCCAGAGCGUUGCACCUUGCUCUGGCAGUGGCCCUGGAUGCCUCAGGACUGGCGACAAUCUCUCGAUGUGUCACCAUGGUUACGUAUGUUCCAGAACGCUCACAAGUGGUGUUUGCAGAGUCUCUAAUCAUCUGUCUGGCCAGCACUGAGUCUGUCCUUCCUCCCACCUCACCAUGUCUGACACUAACACACCUAGCAGACUCUCCUCCACCUGCAUUCCUCAGACUGGGCUCCAUCAUCCCUCAGCCCCCAUUCUACACUCAGAAGGGGCUGAGACCAAAGAACCUCUCUCAGUUGAGUUUCAGAUGUGUCCUGAGUCAUUCAUGUCAUUGGUUUCAGUAAAAAUAUCUCUGAAAAUAAAGACUGAUCUCAGUUUCUACCA